GUACAAGUCCUUUUCUAACAUUAGUAUAACGUGGCAGAUUUUCACUGACUAAUCAUUGAUGGACUAAUUUCCAUACGUGUUCUCACAAUUUUCUGUAUGAAGUAAAACUAAUUUACAGCAUUCAGCAAUGACAGAUUUUAAAGAUAUGCUGUCAAGUUCAGACUAUAACUGGAUGAAAUGUUCCUUCGCGCAACGUGAUGUAAAGGCCGUACUGGCGGAAUUUGUGGAAGAGGACAUUAAGGAUCUACAGAAACAAUUGCUGCAUAAUGUCCAGACAUCCAAAGGCCUUCCAUCCAAAACAAUAUGCAAUCGCUGUCUUCUACAGAAUCUUCUCCCAUGUCGUACCGGUAAAAUGUGCAAAUUUAAAAACAAAUCCUGUUCAUUUCAUAAGGAUGCUAGUCUUCAACCAAGGCGAUGUCCAACAAACGGCCUGUGUGAUUUCAUUUGUUUUGGAAUAAUUGACCAUCAUCGUUUUCGUGGGCCGUCCUGGAAAAAUACCGACGCGUCUAAAUGGUGUACAGAUUCGUGGACAAUUGCUAAAUGCUACAUGCCGCCCGACGGUUAUUUAAAUGCAAAAAGUGCAGAGGAAACGGACUUUAAUGGCGUACUAAGUGUUAUUAUUAAUUGCAUUUACUGUCAAAGAAGAUUCAGCGAAGACCUGAAUAAUCCUAUGAAUGUCUGUACCAAGGCGAGAGAUAAAAGUCGUGAUGUUAGGUACGCACCAAACCUGGAGCUAUCGGAUGCUGUACGAGACAGCAUUAUUGAUACCCUUGUUGAUCUUCUUAAUGACUCGAGGUUUUUCCGUAGCAACCAGCGUUCUGUUGAAUGCAGAGAGAAACUGAUCAAGUUAAAAGCUAACGCUCUGAGAGUUUCUACAACGGAUAUAACAACAGCAUUGGAAGAUUCCGUUCAGAGCGCAAACCAGGCCCUUGAAGUUUUAAAAAAGCCCAACAGUCUCGAUGCAGAAACAGAAAUAACACUGUCGAAUUUGAACAAUUUAGCGGAUAAUCUGCAAAGUACAUGCACAUGUGUGAAAGCUGAAAUAGAGAAAAAUCUUAUAGAAAAACUCUACAACUCUGAAACAAUCUUUUUUCAAGCUUGCCUAGCUGAAUCAGCUACCUUCAAUUCAGGAGAAAUAAGCAUACGUUUUGUUUUAUAUAUUUUCUUAAUUGGCUCACUUAUUUUUGCAUUUAGUAAAAAUAUUAUUUUAUGGUGUGUGAUUGUGUGUUUUGCUGUCGCUUUGUAUAAAUAUAUAUAUUUUUAUCGACCUGCUCGGCCGAUUCAACGUUCACCAUACAUAAUUCAACAUGAAAUGGAGCUUCGACAAAUUGAACAUACUGCGGAAGCAGUAAAGGCACUACAACACAAGUUGUUAAAACUCAAACGUAACGGCAAACAACGAAAAUAAUUGUGAAACAAAUAUUUACUAACAAAAGAAAUGGUUUUCUUGGACGCAUUAUAAGUGAACAUCUUGUUAAAUAGCGUGACAAAUGCUUUUUUAUAUCGAUUGAUGAUUAUCCAUUAAAGAACCGAAAAUUAAACAUUUUCCUUGUCAGUUGUGCUCUUUGAAAGAAUAUAAUCCAUAAUUAUGUUUUUAAUAUAUAAAUAUUGAUUGAAAAAAGGCCUUUUACGUGAUUAUUAUUUGCUUUUGUUCAGUAUUUACUGUUAGGGAUUUAAAGUUUUUCAUGUGGAUCAUUUUGAAAUUAACGAUUAUAUUCUAUGUUCUUUUGCAAAAUCCUGUUAUGAGUCAUUAACAAAAUUUAUCGGAAAAACACAUUGUUUUUUUAGCCAAUUAAGAAAAAUAAUGCGAUAAUCUUUUUGAUUCUUAUAUGCUUGACACAAUUCAUAUUAAUUGAAUAAUGGAAGAUCACUAUCAGCGCAGUUAUCGCAUAGACUCCUGAUAACAUAUAAGAUGAAUAUAAUAUUGCGUAACAAAAUGUAAAUUUCAAGUUCGUUUUCUACUUACAUUCGAAUAUUAGAUUCCCUUCAUGCACCCAAUAUUGCUAUCGUUAUUUGGUUUGUUUCAACCUAUACAUAAAUUUGCAUUGAUUGACCAUGCCAAUAUGUGACAUUACUUAUUGUUUUAGAUGUGUUAUUAUUGCCUGCUUUUUAUCGCUAGAGUUUGUUCAAUUAGAAGUAAAGGUCAAUUCACUUGCCCCUUAGUUAAUUAAAAAUGAGACAUGUAAUUGAAGAACAUAAAAACGUUUGGUAUGUUGAUUUUAAUGUUUUAAUAGCCUAAUAAAAUUCAUUGUGUUACUCAUGGGUCACACCAAAUGAAUACUAUAUUUAAAUAAUACAUGUGCAUUUAAAAAAAACAACACAUUUAUAAAAUGUUUUUGUAAACAGUGUAUUUUGCUUAAUGUAAUAAACUACGCUAAAGAGUUCAAAAGUAUUGUUCACAAAAAAGAGGCCGAUUAAGGGGUACGACUUUCGGGAAACAUUCUCAUUUUGAAAAAGAUUGCAGCAGGAACAUUGAAUUAAUUAUUUUUGAUAAAAUAAUGCCAAAAACGGUUGACAAUAAUGAUAAUGAUGAUGAUGGUUGUUGUUGUGAAGAAGAAGAUGAUGAUGAUAGUGAUGAUAGUGAUGAUGAUGGUGUUGAUGAUGAUUUUGAUGAGUAAGAAGACGAUGAUAAUGAAAAUGAAUAGCGAUUUAUGAUGCGGAUAACCUUUUGCACAUUCCGAAUAUCGAGUUAUGCAUGAGUCUACCUUAAAAUAGUAAAUAGAGAACGAGGGUGACGAUACGUUAUCUUUGAUUGCCAAAAGAGAAAUUGUAA